AUGCCUACCACAGCCGCUGGACCAUGCGACCUGGUUGAAGGUCCAGACGGUGCGCUCUGGGGCGAGGAUAUCCUCGUCAAUAUCAUUUUCCGCAUCGAUCCGAAGACCGGCGUAGUCCAGGAAUAUCCCAUCCCGUUCACUACACCUGUGAGUAAUGUCACGAUCCCAGGAGUCUCGCAAUCCAUCCAAGAUCGCACCGCAUUCUCCUGCGCCAUCCGUACUGGCAAUGAUGGCAAGUUGUACGCUAGUAAUGGUCUUCGGAAUCAGCUUGUCCAGAUCAACCCGAGUACCAAGAAGAUCAAGAUUCUUCAGCCGCCAGUCAACCCCGCCGGCGACCUACAACCGUUCAACGACAUCACACCUGCUAAGGAUGGAAUGUACUUCACGCAGACGACUGGCAACGUGUUCACGUUCUAUGACUUUGCAACCGGAGGCUUCACGAACUACAAGAUUCCGACACCGCUUGCGCUUCCGCUCGGGUUGAAAGUGGCGUCUAACGGCAACUUGUACAUUGCUCUCCUCCUCGCGAACAAGAUUCUGGAGUUCAACCCUAAUACUAAAGCCAUUGUUGAGUAUGACCUUCCUCUACCUGGUCAAUUACCAACUGUUGUCCGUGCGGAGAAAAACGGGUUCAUCUACUUCGCCAUGUUCACUGGCGACGGCAUUGGUCGCAUCAAUCUCAUCACGAAGAAGAUCGAGCUCUUCACCAGCAGUCAACUUGGAGGCCUCGGUGCGGAGAAUACGAUCGACAGCAGAGGAGGCGUAUGGCUUAGCUACUUCACCGUAGAUGUGCUGGCGCGGCUCGAUACCUCGACUCUAAAGUACACAUACGUACCUUACACACCCGCAGCAGCGCUUUUGAACGGUGUGCUGGGCGAUAUUCCACCUUUUGUCGAUGUUGCUGUCAAUUAUGGGCCUGGGGAUGCAAUUUGGUUCACUAGCAUCGGGACAAAUCAAGUCGGACGAUACAAACUAUCCUAA